AUGUCUUCCACCAACGAGCACGGACAGGGCGCUUCCCACGCCACUGGACAGAGCGCAGUGCCCAACAAGGUCCAAGAAGCUGCACCCAAGGGUCUCGAGGAGGGCCUCCCAGAAUCCAUUCACCCCACUGGCAGUAACCCCAACAGCCAGUCUACCAGCAAGACUCAUGCUCUCAACGACGGCGAAGACUCAGUUGUGCCCAAGAAGGUGCAGGAGAUUGUCCCGGAGUCGGUUGAGCGAGCGCUUCCCAAUGCGAUCCACAACACCGGAGACAAGAAAUAG